AUGGCACCUAUGAUGUUUUCCCCUGACUCGAGCGAAGACUCGUCAGGUCCAUCUACCCCCCCUCAAAGCGUGUCUUCUAUAAGACCUUCUGAGCCAAUAGCGAUCUGUGGGUUGGCUUGUCGGUUACCUGGAGACUCGUCGUCCCCGUCCAAGUUCUGGGAUCUCCUAUCGAAAGCCAAGUCUGGCCAAUGCGAGGUUCCGAAAGAUCGCUUUAAUGUGGACAGCUUCUAUCACCCCCAGGGCAUGGACCGCCCAGGAAGCAUGGUGACAAAGGGCGGAUAUUUUCUCAAUGAAGAUCUCCGAGAGUUUGAGAAUUCCUUCUUUGGGAUCAACAACUUGGAGGCGACAUACAUGGAUCCUCAGCAGAGGAAACUCUUAGAAGUUGUGUUCGAGUGUCUUGAAAAUGCAGGCAUUCCUCUCGAUCAGGCUUCCGGGUCAAACACUGGCUGUUACGUUGGAAAUUUUACCUUUGAUUUCAUUUCCAUGCAGAUUAGGGAGUCCGACUAUAUGAACCGUUACUCUGCAACUGGUCUAGGAACUACUAUCCUUGGAAACCGUAUCAGCCAUGUUUUUAAUUUGUUAGGCCCUAGCCUUGUACUUGAUACCGCAUGUUCCUCAUCCCUCUACUGUCUCCACGUAGCAUGCAAGGCCCUAGAGAACUAUGAGUGCGAUGCGGCUGUUGUUGCUGGUGCCAACCUCAUCCAAUCCGCAGAGCAACACAUUGCCACAAUGAAGGCCGGUGUGCUCUCUCCAACAUCUACAUGCCACACAUUCGACGCCUCUGCGGACGGCUACGGUAGAGGUGAUGGUAUCGGAGCCUUGUAUGUGAAGAGGCUCAGCGAUGCGAUCCGAGAUGGAGAUCCUAUCCGAAGCGUUGUCCGAGCCUCAGCCAUUAACGCCAAUGGGAAAACCGCUGGAAUCAGUCUUCCCAGUGCAGAUGGCCAGGAAGCCGUCAUUCGCAAGGCUAUGGCAAAGGGCGGAAUAAGCCCAAGUGACAUCACGUACAUCGAGUGUCACGGAACAGGCACUAAGGUAGGAGACGCCAUCGAGGUGGAUGCCUUGUCGCGCGUGUUCCAACGCACGCCCCAGCAACCUCUUCUUAUCGGAUCCGUCAAAAGUAACGUGGGUCAUUCCGAAGCUGCAAGCGGUAUCGCGGGUGUUCUCAAAGCAACUCUAGCCCUCGAACAUGGCCAGAUUCCGCCGACCUACGGCCUGAAAGUUGUUAACCCCAAAUUGAAGAUCGAGGAACGCAACUUCGGCAUCCCAACUGAGGUCACCAAAUGGCCUGCUAACUCACCCCCCGUACGACGCAUUGGAAUUAACUCAUUUGGAUACGGAGGAGCCAACGCCCAUGUGAUUCUUGAAGAAGCGCCCCUGAGCAAGAUCCCUCAAGGCGAGUCUAGAGACAUAGUUGUCUCCCAAUCUGCCGUGGUGCUACCCCUAUCCGCCACGACCCCAGAAUCCUUGGACGCCAGACUGGCGGAUUUAGCCGAUUUCGACUUCACCAACGUCGAUAUUCUGGACCUCUCCUAUACCCUGGGGUCUCGACGCACCCAUUUUCCCGUGCGAGGUUUCCUAGUCGCUUCGCGGGCGGAGCCAAUCGCAAGUUCGUUGAAAACACGAACUUUGAUCACCAGCGCGUCUCCAUCCAAGAGCACAAGCUCUCCCUUCGCUUUCGUCUUCACGGGACAAGGAUCACAAUGGCCUGGCAUGUGCCGCGAACUGUUUACUGAGUUCCCUGUAUUCCGUCAUGCUAUCGCCGAGAUGGAUUCAGUACUGCAAUCUCUUCCCCACAAGCCGGACUGGUCUCUCCAAGAAGCUACCUUGGAUACGCAGAAUGUGGACCUUAUCCACCUACCCCAGAGGUCGCAGACCUGCUGUACUGCUAUCCAGGUUGCGCUCCUACAGCUCCUCGCAACCUGGGGUAUCUUCCCCAGCAUGACUGUUGGGCAUUCCUCCGGAGAGAUUGCUGCUGCUUUCGCAGCUGGGCAUAUAUCCGCAGCCGAAGCCAUCGUGAUCGCCUACUACCGUGGGUAUUGCGUAUCAAAGUCUACCACGAACGGCUCCAUGAUGGCUGCCGGCUUGUCUCAAGCGGCCGCCACCGAGGAAAUCCACAACCAGGGACUCGACGGGCAAAUACGAGUUGCGUGUGUCAACUCUCCAGAAGGUGUCACAAUCUCUGGGAACAACGACGCCAUCGACAAGCUACUGGCGCUCUUGCAGGAGAAGAAGACGUUUGCGAGAAAGUUAAAGACAGGUGGGCAGGCUUACCACUCCCACCACAUGUUGGCCAUUGGAGAGGAAUAUGAAUCGAAUCUCGCCCAAGUCCUGCCAACACUAGGAGAUUCAAUCCGGAUGCCGAAGGGCGCCACUGUCAUGUCCUCAGUCGUUGUGGGACCGAAGUCAUCCGGUUUCACUCCGAGUUACUGGCGCAGCAACCUCGAAAGCCCCGUCCUAUUCACUCAAGCCAUUGACCAGAUCAACAAGAUUGGUGAACACUGUUACAUUGAGCUUGGCCCUCACUCCUCCCUCGAGUUGCCCAUUAAGCAGACUCUGGCAGUUGCGGGCAUCUCGGGUUCUCAAGUCAAGUACGCAGCCCCGGUCAAGCGCAACAGCAAUGCGCUAGAAUCUGCACUGAGCUUCGCCGGAAGCCUGUGGCUGCAGGGAUUCAACAUCGACUGGUCCAAGGUCAACGGGCUCAACACAUCCUUGAAGUCCUCGACACCCCUCUGCCGCGUGGUGACCGAUCUCCCGCCCUACAAGUUUAGCUACGAGAACACUCUAUGGACCGAGUGCCGUGCUAGUCUUGAGUACCGCCAGCGCAAGUACCCUCGCCACGAGCUGCUAGGAACGUUGACGCCUGGCGGUAACGGCGAAGAGUUCAUCUUCCGCAACAUCCUCAAAGUGGACGAUGUUAGCUGGUUGAAAGACCACAAGCUCGAAGAGACUGUGGUGUUCCCUGGUGCUGGAUACUUGUGCAUGGCCAUGGAAGCGGUAACACAGGUCACGAACACCGACAUAAGCAAAGACCCUUCGUUUGAGCUCUCGAAUGUCAACAUCAUAAACGCACUGGCUCUUUCGGAAGAUGCCGUUUCCCAAAAGGAAAUAUUUACCAUGCUGCGCAAGACAGCCAUCACGAACACCACGAGUUCAUCUACCUGGUGGGACUUUAGCAUCUCUACGUACCAAGAGGGUACAUCGGUCCAACACGCUACAGGAUCCAUCGCCAUCAACGCUGGCAGUGUAGCGUUGAAGCCAAAGUACCAGGCUCCUGAGGGGUUAUUGGAGUCGACAGCCAAGCGUAUUUGGUACGAGAAGUUCAUCAAGUACGGUCUGAACUACGGCCCAUCCUUCCAGGCGAUCUCCGAGGUUCUAGCACCACGCAUGAAGUCAGCCUCAUUCUGCGGCGCGACGACGCCCUUACUGACUGCCUGCGGGGAUCCAUUGACCAAAUAUCCCAUUCACCCCAUUACACUUGAUGCGAUGAUCCAAUUAGCCAUUAUCGCUUCCACGAACGGUGUUCCCAAGGCGCUCCGAGCUCAGGUCCCUACUAGACUAGCAUCCAUUACGUUGAACACAGCCGCACGAUACUCAGAUGAGCAGGCUGUAAUGAACACACUGGUACAGAGAACCGGCCCCGGAUCAUCCGAGGGAGGUGUCGAGAUCCUCAGUCCCAACGGCGAGGUCCUGGCACAAUUCGACAAACUGAGGCUAGCCCCUUACCAGGCCGCUGGCCAAGCUGAAGACGAGGAUAAGCGACACCCUGUCCUUCGCGUCCUGUGGAAACCCGAUGUUUAUGGUCUUGGUUUCAUGAGCAGCGACGACGCGGCAGCACACGCGCAGAAGUUCGCUGAUGAGGCUGAUUCUCCUGUCUCCGAUGAUGGACUGCUCAAGCUUGGGGCUAUUCUAGACCUGCUUGUGCAUAAAAACCCGCGCCUACGUGUUCUCGAGUUGGGUAAUUCUUCUCAUGACUUGACCCUUGCCGUUCUGGAGCUCUUGGCCUACCAUACCGACUUCAAGCGCAUGUCGACCUACAGCACCGCCUCUAUUACGGAAGACGGAUCGUUCUCAGGAGGUGUCGUAGAUCUCGAGACAGGGGAGCGCAACGAAAAGCCCGCAACUCUGGAAGAUGGCGUAUUUGACCUCGUUAUCAUUCCAGGGGCUGGCUCUUGGCUUAGCGACAGUGUUAGCAAGGUUAAAGCGCUGCUGGCAGACGACGCAACGAUACUAGCCCUUUGCCCCGGCGCCACAGGAGACUACUUGACUUCAAGCGACCUAUCAUGCCUUUCUUUCCCUGUUUCUCAAGAACAGGCUAACCUCGUCGUUGCCCGUCAAGCAAUUGAGCCAAACAAGGAGAAGCUAAAGAGCCACAAAUUUUUGAUUGUCGAAAGAGAGCAGUCGAGACUUGGCUCAGCAUUGGCCGAUGCCCUCAGCGCCAUCCAAGGCCACUGGACCACGCGCGUUCUGCUACAUGAGCUCACUGCGGAACAUGUGGCGGCCGAGAGCACCGUCUUCAAUCUCUGCGAGGUCAACGCUCCUCUCUUGUCAGUAACAUCCGAGGAAGACAUGAAGCGUAUCAAGAUCAUCACCGACGGCGCGUCUUCUCUAGUAUGGGUCACCAACGGAAACAUGCUAGAAGGAGACAAGCCCGACUACGCUCUUGCAUCCGGUCUGGCACGUACUCUGUCUCUUGAACAGCCGUCGCUCAAGUUCUACAACUUCGAUGUAGACGAGCCCGACGUCAAUGCCCACAUCACUUCGCAGCGUCUCAUUUCCGUCCUGAACCAGCCGGGCGCCAAGGAAGAUCUAGAGUUCGUGCAGCGCAAGGGUGUGGUGCACAUCAGCCGAUUCACGCCGGAUGAGGAGAUCAACAAGGAGUUCCGCGUGAAGCAGGGCCUCGAGACAUCCGACUCGAGUCUGGGAGAUGUUGGCGAUGUGAGACUGGAUAUCAAGCACCCUGGGCAGUUCGACACGGUUUACUUCAAGCAGCUUGAGCCGCCGCAGUCUAUUGGCGAGACCGAGGUCCGCGUCAAGGUGGCCUCGGUGGGCAUGAAUGCCAAAGACUACUACGUCCUAGCCGGCCGUGUGGACACGCCCAACGCGACAUGCCAGCUCGAGUGCGCUGGUACAGUAGUGCAAGUAGGUUCAGCUAUCACAGACCUUACCGUGGGCGACCGAGUCGUCGCCAUGGCGCCGACGCACUUCCAAUCCUACCAGACCCUGCCUCGGUGGGCAUGCCACAAAUUGCUAAGCACAGAGAGUUUCGACGUCUGCGCAACACUGCCUUUGGUCUACUCUACUGCUAUCUACGCCUUACACUACCGCGCUAACCUCCAGUCGGGUGAGAAGAUCCUCAUUCACUCUGGUGCCGGAGGUGUGGGAAUGGCAGCAAUUCAACUCGCACUUAACGCGGGAGCGGAGGUAUUCACCACCGUCUCGACCGAGGAGAAGAAGCAGUUCCUGAUCGAUACCUACGGCCUCAAGCCAGCGAACAUCCUGAGCUCACGCGACACCUCCUUCCUAGACGGCAUCCUCAAAGCCACUUCCGGGCGUGGCGUAGACGUCAUCCUAAACUCCCUGACCGGCGACCAGCUGCACGCGACCUGGCGCUGCGCCGCGGCCUUCGGACGAUUCGUAGAAAUCGGCAAAGUCGACCUGACUAGCGCGGGCCGCCUGGAGAUGGACCAGUUCCUGAAGAACACGACCUUCACGGCCUUCGACCUGAGCAACCUGUACCACGCCGACAACGACGAGUACCACACGCUUUGGCAGAGCCUGCUCUCGCGCACCAUGGCGCUGUACCGCCAAGGUCGCAUCGCCAAGCUCGAGCCGCUGAAGGUCUUCGACGUCAGCGAAGCCACGACCGCGUUCCGCUACUUCUCGUCGCGCAGCCGCAUGGGCAAGGUCGCCAUCAACCUCGAGAACGCCGCCUCCAUCAUCAAGGUGCAGAAGCUGCGCCACCGCACGCGCUUCGACAGCGAGAAGAGCUACGUGAUGGUCGGGUGCCUCGGCGGGCUCGGACGCACGCUCUCGCGCUGGAUGGUGCAGUACGGCGCGCGCAAGUUCGCGUUCCUCGGCCGCUCGGGCACCGCGAAGCCUGCCGCGCGAAACCUGAUCCAGGACCUGCAGGCGCUGGGCGCCGAGUGCACCGUCGUCAAGGGCGACGUGUGCAACGCCGCGGACGUCGCGGCCGUGAUCGCGGCCGGCCACGCGCUGGGGAACAUCGGCGGCGUCGUGCAGGCCGCCAUGGGGCUCAACGAGGCGCUGUGGUCCGUGAUGCCGAACGCCUACUGGCGCACGGGCAUCGACCCCAAGGUCCACGGCUCGUGGCACCUGCUCAACAGCCUGAAGGCGAUCGGCCAGGACGCGCAGCUCGACUUCUUCCUCAUGACGUCCUCGGUCUCCGGCAGCGUCGGCACCGCGACCGAGGCCAACUACUGCUCCGCGAACCACUUCCUCGACCACUUCGCGCGGCACCUGCGCAGCCAGGGGCUCCCCGCCGUCUCCGUCGGCCUCGGCAUGAUCUCCGAGGUCGGCUACCUGCACGACAACCCGGAGAUCGAGGCCAUCCUCCUGCGCAAAGGCAUCCAGGCGAUCGACGCCGACGAGCUCGUCCAGCUCAUCGACCUCGCCAUCUCGUCGAGUGCCACGAUGGGCAUUCACCACGCCCACGACACGCUGGCCGCGGCGCACCUGCUGACGGGGCUCGAGGCGUUCGGGCUCAAGGAGCUGCGCAAGAAGGGGUUCGAGGGGUCGUUCCCGGCGCUGGACGACCCGCGCGCGAGCGUGCUGCAGAGCGCGCUCGAGGGCGACAACGCCAUGCGCAACGCGAGCGUCGGUGGGUUGCCCGCGGAGGUGGCGAAGGGGGUUGAGGCGGGCCAGACGCUGGGCGAGGCGGUGCUGGACCACAUUCGCCGGCGGUUCGGCAACCUGGUGCUGAUGAAGUAUGAGGCGGUGGAUGUCAAGAAGCCGCUCGCGGACUAUGGUAUGGACAGCAUGAUUGCGGCGGAGUUCAGGACGUGGUUCUACCAGAAUAUGGCGGUCGAUGUCCCGCUAUUGAUGCUGCUGGGGAAGACGUGCACGCUCGAGGACCUGGGGGGUAUUGCUACGGCGGGGAUAGAGGCUAAGGCAUAG